GCGGAAGUUAACAAAAAAACCCAAAACAAAACAUAGCGUUUUCGUGAUUGGAUCAGAAAAAAAAACCAUUCACCUUUAACUAGGCAAUAAUGUCUUCCGUUGAGUGUUUGAGGCAGUUCGUUAACGAGCGACUGACGGCCGCGGCUGAGGAGAUAGUCAGCGUGUUUGAAAAAACUAUCGCCGACUACGAAGAAGAGAUCAGCCGUCAGCGCAGGCUGCUCACCAUCGUCUGGAAACCUCAUGUAAAGUUACACAGGACAGAGCUCCCACAACAUUUCAUUCAUGUGAAGGGCAUUCAGGGGGAGCUACAGCUCAGGAAACGGGACAGGAAGUCCAUUUUGGAACAAGAGGACGGAAAGCUUGAGCAGAUUCCAGAGACUCGUGAAGAUACCUUCAUCGGUCAUGACAAAGGAGAAGUUGUCCUGAAAGAGGAAGCUGAAACUCUUUUCCCAACUAUUACGUGUCAUAAAGUUGACAGCAGUGGAGAUCGGUGUGUUUUGUCAAAUCCAGUGGAAGACGAGUCCAUAAACACAGAAUCUGGCAAAGGUUCCAGUGUAACAGAGCAUAAUGCUGAUGAUCAGCUUGUCUCAAACGAUCGUCAAGAUGUCAGCAAAGCUCAGAAUGAAGUCACCGAUGGUGGUUCAGUCCUAAGCAGACACAAGGAGGCAAGACUGCAGAGGAGACACUACAGAAUCAACGAACAUGGUCCAGUCACGUUCAAGGCUCCUAUGUACACUCACAAGGGUAAAACAUGCAGGUUUGUGUGCGACUCCUGUGGGAAAGCGUUUCCGUUCAAAUCCAAGUUGACCCGCCACCAGGUCAUCCACACGGGCGCGAAGCCGUUUUGUUGCCACACCUGCGGCAAGCGAUUCAACCAGACCUCAAUACUGAAGGUCCACCAGAGGAUCCACACGGGCGAGAGGCCGUUCUCCUGCGACAUCUGCGGCAAGCGAUUCAACCAGAAGUCGAUACUGAACGUUCAUAAAAAGAUCCACUCCGUCGAGCGGCCGUACUCCUGCGAUUACUGCGGCCGAAGAUUCAAGCAGAAAUCCAAACUGGACUCCCAUGUCAUAUGGCACUCAGACAUACCACAGCCGCUGUUCUUUGGGGAGGAACAUUUUCUCUCCAACCAGCAGCUCUUUGACCACGGCCGUAACUCUGCUUUGGACCUGGGGUUUCCAAAAAUCAAAGAGGAACAGGAGGACUUCUGUCUGGGUCAGGACAAGGAGCAACUCGUGCUGAAGCAGGAGAUGGACACGUUUAUGCUGAGUCUUCCUCACGACCAAGGUGACCACAGUGGAGCUCAGACUUUCAACGGGAACCCGGCAGUGGCAGAGUCUAUAGGGUUCGUAUCGGAUUGCAAACCUGGCAAACAACCAGAGAAGACGAAUCACAGAAUCUGUAAUGUGUAUAAUCCCAUCCUGUUCAAGACGUCCCGCAGCCCUUACAUGGGCAGAAAGUGUGAGUAUAAAUGUGAUACCUGUGGAAAAGUGUUUCAGUUCAAGUCCAGACUGAUACGCCACUUCCGAAUCCACACGGGAGUGAAGCCGUUCUGCUGUCACAUCUGCGGCAAGAGAUUCAACCAGAAGUCCAUCCUGCAGGUCCAUCAGCGGAUCCACACCGGGGAGAGGCCCUUUUCCUGCGACAUCUGCGGCAAGCGCUUCAACCAGAAAUCCAUACUGAACGUGCACAAGAGAAUCCACACGGGCGAGAGGCCGUACUCCUGCCAAGUCUGCGGCAAGAGGUUCAACCAGAAGUCCAUACUGGACGGCCACGUGCGGACUCACACGGGCGAGAGGCCGUAUUCCUGCAAGACGUGCGGCAAAAGCCUCCGAAGUCAGUCUAGCCUGCUGGUUCACAUGAAGAUGCACGCAGACAAGAGGUCCCACUCCUGUGAAACGUGGGAGAGAUUUCAGACUUGCCGGGCCAGCCACGCGCACACGUACGUGUACGUGUACGUGUACGUGUACGUGAACAGCUGCCACUCAGGGCUUAGCCCCUCCCUGCCCACAAAAUGCCACCGCCAGAGCAGUGCUACUAUGCGCAAGUUUGUGUGCGACCGCCUGACGGUGGCCGCUCAGGAGAUCCUGGGAGCGUUUGAGAAGCGGGUCGACGAGUACGAAGCGGAGCUGGCUCGUCAGCGCAGGAUGUUGGACACGGCGUUUUCUUCCGAGAUAAAGUUACAGAGAGCAGAAAUAAAGGCACUCCUAAAUCAGCAGCAGCAGCAGCAGCAGCAAGGCAGUAACGGUGGAGCGUUCAGGUUCCCGCCAGAUACUGCGCAGAUUAAAGAUGAGCUUGAGGAAAUAAGCAUCAGCCAGGAACGACCGCAGCCUCCGAAGCAGCAAGAAGCCUCAGCCUCCAGGGUGACUUCAGCCUCUGAUCCAAAUGCCUCUGGUGAUCAGUCCCAGUCAUCGGGUCCUGAAAAAGAGAGCAGUGCAAAUAAAGAUCCUUCAUUUAACAGCUCAAACACAGGAGUAGAGUCUGGCUCUAAGGAGGGGACGUGGUCGGGGACUGAGCAACCAGUCUCUCAAAACUCAGGUAGAGCUGAAACCCUAAAUGACCACAGGUUGGCGUCCCCAGCUGAACCUACAGAGCCAACUUCAGCUGAGAGGAGCCAGGCAUUAGCCACAACAGAGGAAACAUUCGAUGAUGCCUUUUUAGAUGCAAAUUACGAGGACAUCUUUGACGAAAGUGCGUUUGCACUCUCCGGCAUGAGCCCCGAACCAUCUCUAAAUAUGAGCUUUGAUGAUUUAAAUGUAACACCAGCCAGCAUCACAGAGCAAACACAGCUGGAGAAAGAUAACGUUGAGAGCACGCUGUUGAUCGGCAGUCCUGAGCUAACACAAACCAUGGACGCCGGGUUCCCAGCACCCACUGCCAGCCACGAGUCCGCACAAGCAAGGACGUGUACAGGUGACAAUAAUAUCUCAGCACCUCGAGGAAACUGUGAACCAGAGGCGAAUAUGGUUCUAGAUGAAAAUCCUGCGUUAACUAGAAGUGUUGAGGCCACUCAACCUGAGGAAAAUCCUGACUGGAGGCCGGCGUCUCCCAUCCUGACUGCGCCAAGACCAGAUGACGAAAGUCAAGGCGAGACACCAGCCGCAGCUGAGAGGGUAGAAGGUGGAGAUGGAAGGAGAGCUUUCAGCGCAAGCGAUCGAGGUGACAAGAGAUCGACAUCAACGGAAAGUGUUGAGCCUACGUCACACAAGAAAAAACAGGAUAUGAGUGCAUCACCGACCAAAAGCACGGAACAAGCAUCAAGCCAGGGCAGUACCAAAGAGUCAGUGACAUCGGCUGAUGGGAGGGAACACGUGUCAAAGAAAAAACAGAAAGAGGAGAGGACCUCGUCGCAUAGAAGUACAGAUCCAUCACUAAAAAAGAAGUCAAAAAAUGGGAAGAUAAUAACUUCUGAAGGAAGACCGCACAAGAAACACAGACAGGAAAGUGGAAGAUCCGUAACGGAUAAAACUCUUAGCUCCGCAGCCAUUGAUGACGCAUCCUGUUCAACUCUUGAGCCGAUGCAGAAUCAGAGAUCUGACGGCGCGAAGGCCACCCCUAUCGAAAGUACAGAUCAGGAGCCGAAUAUACAACCCCAGGAGGAGAAAGAAUCAUCCAAUCGGAGACUAAGUUCGGCACAGAACGAUGAACAUGCGAUGGGAAAAAGGCCGCCUCGCAUUCUAAGCCCAAACAUAAAUCAAGUGAUCGGAGCCCCGGAAGAAGCAAGCUGCGGAACUACCGUUAGGAAAUGUUACAGUGAAGACGCCCAAAGCAAAGAGGCAACGUCGAGUAAUAGCGACAGAGAUGGUCAGGGUUCCGAGUCGCCGCAAAAAAGGUUGCGUAAAGAGGAAAGCUCCACGUCGUCCAGGAGCAGUCGCACAAAAAACCACGACAAACACAGCAAAGAGAACACGACAUCAAACCAGGAUCCCGACCCGCCGCUUUCCAACACCGACGACAGCGGGUCGAGCGACGGCGAGGAGAAGGCGGAAAACCCCUACAAGUGCGACAGGUGCGGCAAAGUAAUGUCCAACUUCAAGAACUACAAGUUCCACAUGAAGUCCCACACGGUCGCCAAGACCUACAAAUGCGACACUUGCGGGAAAAUGUUCCGAGAGAGCUGGGACUUGAACAAGCACUCGGUAAUCCACGCCGCCGAGAAGCCCUACAAGUGCGACGUCUGCGGGAACGGCUUCAACCGGCGCUACAACCUCGACCUGCACGUGCGGGUCCACACGGGGGAAAAACCGUACCAGUGCAACACCUGCGGCAAGAGCUUCAGCUCCUGCGUCAACAUGAAGAAGCACAUGCGGAUCCACACCGGCGAAAAGCCGUACACCUGCAAGGACUGCGGCAAGGAGUUCGCCGACUCCUCGGCGUUCAAAAACCACCAGCGGGUGCACACGGGGGAGAAGCCCUUCAAGUGUUCGUACUGCAAGCGGAAGUUCGCCACCAGGACGACGUUGAAGAGACACAUCAGAACGCACACGGGCGAGAAGCCGUACAAGUGCACCGUUUGUGAUCGAAACUUCGGCCACAGGACCGACCUGAAGGGCCACAUGAGGAUGCACACGGGCGAGAAGCCUUAUAAAUGCUCUACUUGUGGAGAGGAGUUCUCCUCCUGGUCUAAGCUUAACAAACACAAGCGCGUCCACUCGGGUGAAGCGCAGGACUCCACUGAAUAACGUGUUGGAUUUGUUAAAGGGGACUUGCUGGUGAAGAUUCUCAGUCAUCCAGGUCAUGGUCAUUCCAAAAAAAAGUAAGAAAGCUUUCUGGAG